AAGCGGCCAAUUUUUGCCAUGCCAGUCCACGCAAAGCCGCUAUGGCUGCAGGGUCAGCUGCGAAGUUAACUGCGUUCGCGGAGAAGCUCGUGGAUUGUACCAAGUGUCUACGCCUGCCAAGACUCAGUACCCAGAACGUCAGGUGGCAGCAUGCAUCGUGGUUUGCUAUCCGACAGGACAGGAGGCUGCACCACACGCUGGGUGGCAUUGGUGCCUCGAGCAGCCCCUGCCGCUGCUGCCGGCAGCCCCACGCGUUCCCGCACCGGCACUUCGUGACGUCGCCCCAGCUUCCCCAGGCGCCCCUGGUGCAGCAGCCGGGCAGCCUGCCCGAAGCCAGCACCGACCCCUUCGAGCUCUCCAAGCAGGAUUUGGCCGAUGUGUACGACGCCAUCAAGAAAGAGCUUUGGGUGGCCAAACCUCAGCUGAAUGAGAUUGCCAGCUACUACUUCGAUGGACAGGGCAAGGCUUUCCGUCCCAUGAUUUGCACCCUGAUGGCAAGAGCUGUCAACAUCCACGUGCACAAUAGGAAUGUACUCUUAGAUUUCCAAAAGAAGGUGGCAUUACUGUGCGAGAUGAUCCACACUGCCAGUCUCGUUCACGACGACGUGAUCGACACCUCAGACACAAGGCGGGGAAAGCCGAGUGUCAACGUCCUCUGGGGACAAAAAAAGGCAAUAUUAGCGGGUGAUUUUGUGCUCUCACGGACAGCUCAAUUACUUGCCAAAAUAGGAAGCAAUGAUGUCAACAGUUUCUUAUCUCAGGUUCUGGUGGACUUAGUUCAGGGGGAGUUCAUGCAGCUAGGUUCCAAAGAAGAUGAAGGAGAGCGAUUCUCUCACUACAUCCAGAAAACCUUCAAGAAGACUGCAAGCCUCAUCGCCUUUGCCUGCAAAUCGGUCUCCAUACUGGGGGGAGGGGAUGAAAAAGUCCAAGAGGCAGCCUACGUACGGCAGUAUGGCAGAAAUGUUGGCAUUGCUUUUCAGCUGGUGGACGACCUCCUCGACUUUGUGUCCAGCCAGUCUGACCUGGGCAAGCCCGCAGCCGCAGACUUGAGACUGGGCUUGGCUACAGCGCCAGUCCUCUUUGCUUGCGACAAGUACCCAGAGCUGAACGCCAUGAUCAUGAGGCGCUUUUCGGAGCCCGGAGACGUUGAAAGAGCCUACGACGCCGUUCUCAAGAGUGAUGGCCUGGAGCACACGAGGCUCCUGGCACAGAAGCAUUGCAGCGAGGCGGUGCGCCACUUGGCACCGUGGACCGACUCGCCAGAGAAGCAGGCUCUCAUCAGCAUCACCGAGAAAGUGCUCAACCGCAAGAAGUGACGGCUGCCGCCCUCUGCUGCGCAACUGCCGGAAGACUACACCCUCAACGAAGGCCCUUCCUUCAGCCAGAAGAGGACUCCCCCACAGAUAUUGCCUUUCCUUGUGCACAGACAGAACUGUGGACGUCCUCAACUACGUUGGUGGACGAAGGGUGACGGGGAUGAAUCUAGUAUGCCAAUGUGCCAGGCUCUGCGCCGUGACAAUCGCCCCCUUGUUUGAAGGAAUGUUUCAGCCCGUCUGGCUUGAGAAGGGGGGGGAGUGGGACUCUUGCAUGUAUAUGCCAGUCCAAACUUGUAAUAAUUAUAAAUAGAGUUGCCUGCGGGCAUUAUGAAACUGUUGUCUUAACUUGUUUAAUACUUCCAUGAACGUGCAAUUUCACGAGAGCUUGCUUAACCAAUUGUAGGCCGAGAUACCCUUGCACGGAUACCCUAGAGGCAAGAGAUAACACGGGUGCUAGUGUACAUAGACCUAUUAAUGUACAUAAAUAACAAGCCUGACCAUUAGAGACAUUUGCAUUCUGUGGACACAACUGUGAAGAAGACUGGUGUGAUGAUUGGCAGGUGGGCUAGAUAUUUAUCACUUAGCAUCACGCCAUGGUAUACUUACAAUAUACUAUGCUAAUAAAUAGCACGUUAAAGGUGCAUGUAUAUAGUAAUGUUGCGAGGGAAAUCUUGACUGCAUUUGGGGCACGUUUUCCCUUUUUGUUACAAACUGUUGACAUUUUUUUAAGCUUGUCCGUGUAAUAGGUACACACUAACAAAGCUAAGAGAAAGAACCUAAUAAAAAAAAUAUAACAGACAA